CCUGGAGCCUAAGGUUUAGGUUCACCUAUUUCAACCAAAAUAGCAGCAUCUGCAACAACUACAAUGGCCUUGACCUUUCCUUUCCUGGUGGCCCUCGUGCUGCUCAGCUACAAGUCAAGCUGCUCUAUGGGCUGUGAUCUGCCUCAAACCCACAGCCUGGGUAACAGGAGAACUUUGAUGCUUCUGGCACAAAUGAGGAGAAUCUCUCCUUUCUCCUGCCUGAAGGACAGACAUGACUUUGAAUUUCCCCAGGAGGAGUUUGAUGGCAGCCAGCUCCAGAAGGCUAGAGCCAUUUUUGUCCUCCAUGAGAUGAUCCAGCAGACCUUCAACCUCUUCAGCACAAAAGACUCAUCUGCUGCUUGGGAUGAGACCCUCCUAGACAAAUUCUACACUGAACUUUACCAGCAGCUGAAUGAAUUGGAAGCCUGUGUGAUGCAGGAGGUGGGGGUGACAGAUACUCCCCUGAUGAAUGAGGACUCCAUCCUGACUGUGAGGAAAUAUUUCCAAAGAAUCACUCUCUAUCUGAAAGAGAAGAAAUACAGCGCUUGUGCCUGGGAGGUUGUCAGAGCAGAAAUAAUGAGAUCUUUUUCUUCAUCAACAAACUUGCAAAAAGCUUUAAGAAGUAAGAAAUGAAACUGAACCAGGUGUCAGCAUGGAAAUGAUUUUCAUUGACUAAUACACCACCUUACCUUUCUAUGAUCUUCCAUUUCAAGGACUCAUGUUUCUCCUUUGACCAUGACACGAUGUAAAUCUUUUCAAAUGUUUUUAGGAGUUUUAAGCAACACUGUAUUCAGCUCUUAAUGCACUAGUCCCUUACAGAUGACUAUGCUGACUAUCUAUUUAAAUAUUAUUUAAAAAUUGUUUAUUUAACUAUUUAUAAGACUUACUUUUGUUCAUAUUACAUCAUGUGCACCUUUGCACUGUGGUUAAUGUAAUAAUAUAUGUUCUUUGUAUUUAGUAAAUUUAUUUUGUUUUUUUAAUUGAACUUUUACUAUGGAAACUUUUCGUACUUGUUUAUUCUUUAAAAUGAAAUUCCAAGCCUGACUGUGCAACCUGAUUAAAGAAUAAAUGGUAUACUUCAUUUAUUUAUCAAUAUUAUAUUCAAAUAAAAGUAAAAAUAAACUUUCU